GAGAGCCAGUGUAACUCCUUCAAGACUGGAGUGAUACACACUGCAUCUGCAUCUGCCUCAUUGUACAAGUCCCCGGAGUAUGAGUCCCUUGGCUUUGAGCUUACUGUGGAGAGAUUAGUUUCUAUUGGCUACCCUCAGGAGCUGCUCCGCUUUGCUUAUGAUUCUACAUUCCCUACCAGGGGACUUGUCUUUGACACACUAUAUGGAAAUCUUUUGAAAGUCGAUGCCUAUGGAAACCUCUUGGUCUGUGCACAUGGAUUUAACUUCAUAAGGGGUUCUCAGGUAGCUGCACAGAAGAGACCAGAAACUAGAGAGCAGUAUCCAAAUAAAUUUAUCCAACGAGAUGACACUGAAAGAUUUUACAUUCUGAACACCCUAUUCAACCUACCAGAGACCUACCUGUUGGCCUGCCUAGUAGAUUUUUUUACUAAUUGUCCCAGAUAUACCAGCUGUGAAACAGGAUUUAAAGAUGGGGACCUCUUCAUGUCCUACCGGAGCAUGUUCCAGGAUGUAAGAGAUGCUGUUGACUGGGUUCAUUACAAGGGCUCCCUUAAGGAAAAGACAGUUGAAAAUCUUGAAAAGUAUGUAGUCAAAGACGGAAAACUGCCUCUGCUUCUGAGCCGAAUGAAGGAAGUAGGGAAGGUAUUUCUUGCCACCAACAGUGACUAUAAAUAUACAGAUAAAAUUAUGACUUACCUGUUUGAUUUCCCACAUGGCCCUAAGCCUGGGAGCUCCCAUCGACCAUGGCAGUCCUACUUUGACCUGAUCUUGGUGGAUGCACGAAAACCACUCUUUUUUGGAGAAGGCACAGUACUGCGCCAAGUGGAUACUAAAACUGGCAAGCUGAAAAUUGGUACCUACACAGGCCCCCUACAGCAUGGCAUCGUCUACUCAGGAGGUUCAUCUGAUACCAUCUGUGAUCUGUUGGGAGCCAAGGGCAAAGACAUUUUGUAUAUUGGAGAUCACAUUUUUGGGGACAUUUUAAAAUCAAAGAAAAGGCAAGGGUGGCGAACUUUCUUGGUGAUUCCUGAACUUGCACAGGAGCUGCAUGUCUGGACUGACAAGAGCUCACUUUUUGAAGAACUUCAGAGCUUGGAUAUUUUCUUGGCUGAACUCUACAAGCACCUUGACAGCAGUAGCAAUGAGCGCCCAGACAUAAGUUCCAUCCAGAGACGUAUUAAGAAAGUAACUCAUGACAUGGACAUGUGCUAUGGGAUGAUGGGAAGCCUGUUUCGCAGCGGCUCUCGGCAGACACUUUUUGCCAGUCAAGUGAUGCGUUAUGCUGAUCUCUAUGCAGCAUCUUUCAUUAAUUUGCUGUAUUACCCGUUCAGCUACCUCUUCAGAGCUGCCCAUGUCUUGAUGCCUCAUGAAUCAACAGUGGAGCACACACACGUAGAUAUCAAUGAGAUGGAGUCCCCUCUUGCCACCCGGAACCGCACGUCAGUGGAUUUCAAAGACACUGACUACAAGAGGCACCAGUUGACACGGUCGAUUAGUGAGAUUAAACCUCCCAACCUCUUCCCACUGGCUCCUCAGGAAAUUACACACUGCCAUGAUGAAGAUGAUGAUGAAGAGGAGGAGGAAGAAUGAGGAAAACCAAAACCCUGAGCACCCAUUAAGUUCUGGCAAGACUCACAGGAACAAAGGAUGUCCCUAUUUGGGUUCCAGUGGGGAGGGGGGCAGGGUUCCAUCAAAGGUAUGUCUGGAAAGUUUCUGAAGACUUUAAAAUAUUCUAAUCAUAGAGAGAUACUUGUUUUAGUUUCGUGUAUCUGUACUCUUUGCAGAUAGUUCAGAAUUAUAAUGGAGUGGAAGAAAAUAAGGGUAAAGUCAGGCUGAAGUGCAUGCAGAUGGUUCCAUUGUGGCUUGUGACAGUUUCCUUCUCUUUUUUUCAUCAGUAUGUCAUAGUGUAUCUGGAUACACUAAGAAUGGUGAAGGGUCUCAGAGUAGAACGAGGCGGAUGGGAAGAGGUGAUCCAAAAUGCUGUAAUGUUACAAAUUGUGCUAUUCCAAAAUCCAACUUUUUCAGUGCGUUACAUAGUAUUGUAUAUCAGUGGAGAAAUAUAUUGUUUCCAUUAUCAACUGUAGUCUUCUGUUACAGUCAAGUUUCCUUUUAUAAGCCUUUAAAUAUCCUCUUCUUGCUUUAGGGCUGGUCUGGAAUGGACUUCAGGGAUUCUAUUUUGAGGCAAAGUUCCUCAUCCUUUCUACAUUGUUUUGGUUGAUAGCACAAAUGUUUGUUAUCAAAAAUAUCUUUUUCUUAUCUGUGAUAAAUCUAUAGAAAGAAUUUAGCUGAAAGAUUGCAAAGGAGCAAGUCCCCAGAAAACAAGGAACCACCUUCUUAUUUUACAGUAAAACUGAGUAAAAUUCAUUAGAGCAAGUUGUGGUUUAUGCUACCCAGUUACAGAUUUCUAUGUCUUCCAGGGUUGAUUGCUGUAUUUUAUUUUGAGCAUUAGAGGAUGGGAAGAGGGCUCUGUAAGCCAGAACUUUUACUAAAACAGAGGGCACAAUUAGCGUGAAUAAAUUCACUUCAGAAUCCCAAAUGAAAUCACUUCUUGUUUUGAACAAGAAGGAAUCAUUACUGUAUACAUUAGGGUAUUAUAACUGCCUCACCAGUACAGUGAAAGUUGUCCCAGCAUUUUAAACCAUGGCAUAGACUCUUUCUUUAACCUUCAUAUACUUUCUUCAAUUCUUAUUGUCAUUGGUCAACAGGGGAGGGUAGAUUAGCUGCUCUAGAAUUCAAUAAAAUGUAAAAUUUCUAA